AUGGUGUUCAGCAAGGCAUGUCAUCUUCAGGCAGAACUAGAGCACCAAGCGUAUUGGGCAAUAAAGAAGCUAAAUCUUGACCCUGAGCUGGUGGGUAGGAAGAGAAUUGGUCAAUUGCAUGAACUUGAGGACUCUAGGCUCUAUGCUUAUGAGAAUGCGAAGUUAUAUAAAGAAAAAAACAAAAGAUGGCAUGAGAAUCUUAUAGUCCCUCGCACUUUCACUCCUGGCGAAAAGGUACUACUCUUUAACUCAAGACUUAAGUUAUUCCCCGUAAAACUAAGGUCGAAAUGGAGUAGUCCCUUCGAAGUGGUGAGGAUGACACAACAUGGUGUUGUGGAACUUAAAGGUAAGAAUUCCCCGUCGUUCUUGAUGAAUGGGCAAAGGGUCAAGCACAACUUUGAUAAAUAUUCAGAUCGUGAUCGGGAGGCUCUUGAGCUGAAUGAUGACUGA